AUGGCUUCGGAAACAGUGAAGGUGAUUGUGCGCUGCCGCCCUCUAAAUGACCGUGAAAAGCAGCUCAGAUCCAAGAUAGUGCUCACUGUGGACAGUGGCCGGAGGCAGUGUUUCAUCCAGAACCCAGCAGCCAUAGAGGACCCACCAAAACAGUUCACCUUCGAUGGGGCAUAUUACAUGGACCACACCACAGAGCAGAUCUAUAAUGAAAUCGCCUAUCCGCUCGUCGAGGGUGUUACCGAAGGCUAUAAUGGUACCAUCUUUGCCUAUGGGCAGACAGGCAGUGGGAAGUCUUUUACGAUGCAGGGGAUUCUGGAUCCCCCUUCACAGAAGGGCAUAAUUCCCAGAGCCUUUGAACACUUGUUUGAGAGUGUGCAGUGUGCAGAAAACACUAAGUUCUUGGUAAGGGCUUCUUAUCUGGAGAUCUAUAACGAAGACAUCAGAGACCUCCUUGGUUCGGAUGCCAAACAAAAAUUAGAGCUGAAGGAGCACCCGGAGAAAGGAGUCUAUGUGAAGGGCCUCUCUCUGCAUACAGUGCACAACAUGGCCCAGUGUGAGCGCAUUAUGGAAACUGGCUUGAAAAACCGUGCCGUGGGCUUCACCCUGAUGAACAAGGACUCUUCCCGCUCCCACUCCAUCUUCACCAUCACCAUGGAGAUCUACACUGUAGACCAGAGAGGACAAGAUCACCUGCGGGCCGCCAAGCUCAACUUGGUGGACUUGGCUGGAAGCGAGAGGCAGUCCAAAACAGGAGCUGUCGGAGAACGUCUCAAAGAGGCCACCAAAAUCAACUUGUCUCUCUCCGCUCUCAGCAAUGUCAUCUCCGCCCUGGCAGAUGCCAGGUGUACGCACAUCCCUUACCGGGACUCUAAACUUACCCGAGUGCUGCAGGCCUCUCUGGGAGGCAACACCAAGACCCUCAUGGUGGCGUGCCUGUCUCCCGCAGACAGCAAUUACGACGAAACCCUCAGCACCUUGCGCUACGCCCACCGAGCGAAGAACAUCCAGAACAAGCCCUGCAUCAACGAGGAUCCUAAGGAUGCUCUGCUGCGGGAAUACCAGGAGGAGAUCAGGAAACUGAAGGCCAUUUUGGCUCAGCAGAGCAACACGUGUCCGUUGCACGUGGAGGUGCCUCGCCUGUUACCUUCUGAGGCUGCUCAACAUGAGGGGAAACCAGAACUCCCUCCUGAAUUCCAGACAAAUACCGAGAAAGAGAAGGAGCUAAUCCGAGAAGAGUAUGAGGAGAAACUGGACAGGCUGAAAGCUGAUUAUGAAGCUGAGCAGAAGUCUCGUGUCCAGCUUGAGGGGGACAUCAGUGCUUUGAGGAUUGCUUAUGAUCGCCAGUUGACUGCUUUGGAAGAGAGGAAGGAGGACGCAGGAAUCACACAGCCAGUUGAAGCUUUUCCCGAGCCCGUUCCCCAAGGCCCUGCUUCAGAAACAGAAAUGCCAGUCAAGGAGUUCAGCUCAAGAGAGCCUCCUGUUCCUGGGACUGACAUGCCUGAAGAAAUACCUGCAGCUGUGGACCAGCAGCAAGUACUUGCCAGGCUGCAGCUGCUGGAGCAACAAGUGGUUGGAGGAGAGCAAGCCAAGAACAAAGCUCUGAAGGAAAAGCAUCAGCGGCGGAAAAGGCUGGCGGAUGAGCGGAAGCAGCAGCUCUUGGAGGCUCUGCAGGGGUCAGACGAGGAUAGCAGCGACUGGGUCCUGCUCAGCGUCUACGACUCCAUCCAGGAAGAAGUGCGAGCAAAAAGCAAACUGCUGGAGAAGAUGAAGGAGAAGCUGCGGGCAGCUGAGGCAGAAAUCAGAGACCUUCAGUCUGAAUUUGAAUUGGAGAAGAUCGAUUACUUGGCCACCAUCCGCCGCCAGGAGCGGGAACUCCUGCUCCAUCAACAGAUUCUGGAGCAGGUGCAGCCUCUCGUACGGCGGGAUUGCAACUACAGAAACUUUGAUAAGAUCAAGAGCGAGUCCACGUGGGACGAAGACUCAGGUUGCUGGAAAAUCCCAGAGCCCAUCACAGAAAAGACCAGCCUCCCUGGUGAGGAGACAGAUUUGCCCUUGUUGCCAUCUGGAUGGCAGCCCGGUGUUGGUACGGACAAAGAACUUCAGGAAGAAGACCGCUACAAAACGAUGUUGAGCAAGAGUGACAGCGAGAAUAUUGCAAGCAGUUAUUUCCGCUCAAAGCGAGCAAGCCAGCUUCUCAGUGGAGACCCUGUGAAGAGUCUGGCUUCCCAUAACGCUCCCUCCCAUCCUCCGUCCUCCAGCACGGGACCCAUUUCCCCGACCCAGACUGCAGAGAUGCCCCAGCCGCGCCCCUUCCGCCUCGAAUCCUUGGACUUCUCUGUUCCUUUAACCAAGACGAAGCGCAAGAAAAGCCGGCACAACCGGAGCGGAGACCCCUUCUAACUGCAGUGGCUGGUCUCUGGUCACAAUACAUUUAGUCCUCCAGCCCUUCCUCUCUGCCUCUCUAUUGGUAGCUGCAGCUGUUUUUGAAAGGACCUGCCUCCCCCACCCCGCAGGAGAGUGCAAGCAACUAAAUGCUAGUUCCCAGAGAUCUGCAGCCUGAUCUACCUCCAUGUUCUAGGUAGGGCUGGUACCUUUCACUCAUCCCUGUUCCUUUGACAUUUUCUAGUGACACUGCCCAUUCAGCCUGGCCUUUCUCUCCUGAUGGUGGCUUUGCCCAGCAAUGGGAAACGGCACUUGAAUCUGGAAGAGGUAUUAUUGAAGACCACGUAGUGGUCAGCCUUAAGCUUUCCCCACCCUAAAACUUU